UUUUUAUCGUCGGAGCUAAUGCCAAAUGUCAAACGUAAAAAAUGGACGAGUUACACUUGUCGGACACAUUCCAAAGGUAUUUUUCGGAUGUGUUUUGUGUGUGCGACGAGGAUUUUUCCGGAAAGGCUUCCCAACACAAAACGAUCGAACUGAUCAAGUCCGGUAACGUGCCCGACGAAAUAAUCGCACAGAUUUCGGAAAUAUGCUGGAACGGCUCCACCAACAAUUACUUAACAAGAAAACAGUUCUUCUCCGCCCUGAAAUUGGUGGCGGCCUAUCAGGCGAACAUGUCCCUAAAAACGGAUCUGGUCACCCAAAAAUUGGAUUUGCCGUUGCCGCGCUUCACAUGGAAUAACUUGGAGACCGAGAACGCCGUCCAUGAUCUGAUCGAGUUGCGACAGGACGAGGCGUUGAACAGCAGCUACAGUGAACACGUAGACGCAACCAGCACCGACUCGGAGGCCGACAGUGACACCCUGAGUGUAGUGAGGACUGAUUCGCCUGAGGCAAGCAGUGCCGCCUCGGACAGCCCCACGCCCACCAACAGCGUCCAGGACAGAAGCUGGGCAGUGACCGGAGCUUGGCACGGACUCGUGUCGGAAGAACAGAGACAGUUGCUAGGUACGGAGGAGGAAUCGUCAGAUCGUCACAGCAGUGAUGACGACACCGAGGUUACUAGUGAGGUGUUCGUGAUUACUCCCGAGCAACGGGACUACUACACGAAACAGUUCCGAUCACUGCAGCCUGAUACUAACGCUCUGUUGGCGGGACCGGUGGCCAGGACGUUCUUCGAGAAGUCGCGUCUCCCUGUUCACGAACUGAGAAAGAUUUGGCAGCUGGCGGACGUCACAAAAGAUGGGGCGCUUAGCCUGCAAGAAUUCAACACAGCCAUGCAUCUGGUGGUGUUGAGGAGGAAUUUUAUAGAACUGCCGGACACGUUACCGGCUGCUCUGAUGCCCGGCAACGAAACCCCAUUAUCAGUUAGUCCGGAAACUGAACCGAUACUGUCGCCACAGACCAAAGACACGGCCAAGGAGUGGACCAAGUUCGUCGACAGUCCGACCAGUUCGGUCUCGUCUCCCGGUCCCAAACCAGUCAAUUUCGACUUCCAAAAGGUCACGUUAGAUAAGGACCCCAAGCUAGUUCAUCCAAAACCCUUAAGGUUAACACCCGAAACGGCACCAAUCCAAACAGAGGACCAAACCGACGGCGGUACCAUUGACAUGCAUAGUCCCAAGAAAUUCAUCGACUCCACCAUUUUGUCGACUGUGUCGCACGGCGUCGCCAACAUCAACUUAGGAGCAUCCGGCAGUUCGUCGGCCGGCGGCCAAAACAGCGCUAUCCAGCGGCCGCAGCCGAAGAAGAUCAACUUGCCCGGACCCGGGGCGAUUCCGCCGCCACCAACGAGCGCCUGCGCCCCGGAGGAGGGCGGUCCGUUCAGUCUUCCCGCGUUUCCGCCGCCCAAGAAGGAGAAACCACCCCCUCCACCGCCACGGCCCUUCAAAACGCACGGCCGCAGCUCCUCGCUCGAUCUGAACAGACACGUUCAUAUUUCGUUCAAUCACAGACUGAGCAAGUUGGGCGCGCCCCCGACAGUGCCGCCUCGCAUCAGUCCGAACAUACAGGCGUCGUCGUCCAGGAAACUGAUCAAUCAACGGUCCGAGGGUGAUACGGCGCAGGUCGAGCUCGAUCCGGACGGGGCGGGCGCCUUCGCCAACUUUGACCAGUUCGAGAAGUACGAGAACGUGCCGGAGGGCAUCUUUCCCGGCGAGCUGUACGAGGCCGAGAGAAAGAAGCUGUUCGCACAGUUCACGAGUGGCGCAGAGGCGGCCGACGACGCACCUCGCAAGCACGGCGCCUUCGAAAUUUACAGACCGACCGCGAAGAGUAAAGAGAGUCAAACAGUAACGGCGGAGGAUAAGGCCAAAUGGGACCUGUUCAUGCAGUUGCAGGAAGAGAACACCGUCUUGUUGCGUAUGUGCCAGGAACUCAGCCAGGAAUUGGCGGAUAUAAAGGAGGAGAAGCUGACACUGAAAGUUAGACUUGAGAAGCAACUGAACGGCGGAUAGUGUGUGAGUGAGAUGCCUAGCCUACGUACCCUUAUUAACGUGACCUAAUCCUCGAUGCGUGCACCUGUUUGUUUGUUUUACAGUGUCGCACCUGUUGAAGCGUUCAUCGCGUUUUACGAAUAGGGAAUUUCGCUGUGAUCCUUAAUGUUAAGUUGAAUACGUCCAAAGUUGCCGUAGUAUAACACUCAUUUUUUGUUUAUUUAAUGAUCUGUACAGAUUGUAGAUCUGAUGUUUUGUUGAAACAAAGACAAAAGAUAAUUUAAUCAAGGUGGUUUCAUAUUGAUAUCAUUUCAAAUUACACUUGUGUAAAUUUUUUUAAUGCUCAUUUAUUUUAUAUUUUUUAUAGUUUUAAAAUGACAGAAAAUUAAAAUAUUUAAUUUAUUAAAUUUUAUAUCUGUUUAGAGAAAUUUUCAGGUGUAUCAGAAUUUAAACAAUAAUUUAUAAAAUAUGAAACAAUAUUUACAUCUUAAUUAAGUUAUCUUUUCCAUUAAUAAUUUAAAACUUCCAAGAUAUGUGUAAGUAUUUACGAGAAAUUAUUUUUGUAAUAGAAUUUUCAAAAAAUCGAAUAUAUUGUUAUUGUUAUAUCGGAAUUCAAAAUUGUUAUCGUUUGAAAAACGAAAUUAGUGUAAUAUUUAAAAACGCUGAAACAAACAAACAGGUGCAACAAAUGCUAUAUCAUAUUGACACGUGUAUAAAUCAGUGAUUUUGAUUUUAAUAAAUUGCUUAGUUGUAUUAUUGCACAAAUAAAACCAUAGCAGUCAUUCACAAUUAAUUUAGUCAUAAUUUAUAUAAUAUUUUAUUACUCAAUUACUCUACUCUGUAAUAUAUGUCUAUGCCUCUAUUUUUUUAUUGACUGAUAUUUAAACUGUGACAAAUAUGCUUUACCAUGGAAUUGUUUUUACAAAAUUAAACCCCAUAUGUAUAUCUCAAAUUAUUUGAUUGUCUAAUUUGUAAUAUCAGCACAACCUCAAAUGCUAAGACUGCAAACAAAUCUUUUAACAAUCUUUAAUAGUUUACUAGAUAGCCGGAAUCAAAAAAUGUGAGAUAUCCUGCUUAUGAAAAUUCAAAAUUAUGAUCUGAAAUUACCCUUGACUAAAUUUUUCAUAACAUUCCAGACUUCCUGAUAAUUUCAUGGUAAUCUUAAUUCACUUGUGACAUAUUAUAGUAUUUUAAAAUAUUCAAGUCCCUCCUUAAAUGUAUCAUAACUACACAGUGCCCUCUUAAUAUUUUUUAUAUCAAUUUUCCAAAAUAUAAAAUGGCGAGGAACCAGUAUUAUGGGCAUUAAAUAAUGCUAAUGUUUCGAAUGUCUUAUGUGAUUUUAUGAAAUUGUUCCUUAACGGCAGUAUAGUGUUUUUAUUUAAGAGUUUUUGGAAAAUUGUUUUUAAGCCCUUUUGUUAAGAAAUCACGAAAUUAUGCUAAGGCUAAUAUUAUACUAGACGCUUUUUAAAUUUAUCAAGGGCUAAGUGCCAUAAACUGCCUGAAAACAAGAAAACUAAUUUAUAACUACCUGUUCUAUUAUUGUAAAGUCAAUCAACAAUUACACUUGUAUAUACAAAUAUUUAACAAAGUGAUAUAUAUUGAUCAAAAAUAUUAAUAAAUCUGAAUAUAUGAAUUCGGUUUUUGAUAUUUGGUUGUUAAAUUUUAUCAUAUCUUCUAUAUUAGCAAGAUCUUAUAUUUUUUGUGUAGCUAUAGGAAGACUGUAUUUUAAAAUGAAAUAAACAAUAAAGAAUGUUAA